AUGGACCGGCGUUACGUUCCCCUUCUCCCAGCCCUCCGUCCGACUGAGAGCAAUCCUGCAGCUCAGGUAUCCCUCGGAGCUCCCGUACCGAAGAGACGCCGGAUUGGAGUUUCUGUUGCGUGCGAAACCUGUCGACGCAAAAAAACCCGAUGUGAUGGCCAACGCCCUAUAUGUACAAACUGCUUGGGUUCAUCUAGCCAAUGCGCAUACAGAGAUAUAUCAGACCUAUCCCACGAAUCGAGAAACGUCUUGAUUGAAGUCGUGCAAAUACUCAACACCAUCCCUCCAGCAGACGCUCUACGAACCUUGAGACUUCUGAGUACCGAAACUAAUGGACCGAUCAUUCUUUCCACGUUGAGAGACGAGGCAAGGCCCCGAAGUGAGCCGCCGACAGCGUCUACAUCGGCCGCGACGGAAAAUGACAUAUCUGGACCCCUCGAGUUUGAGCUACAUAAUCCAAUAGCAUACCCGGCUAUACCUCAAUUUAUUCCUACGGAGUUUGAGAGAUCGCCGAUGGGUAGCCACACUGAAUCGAUGACGGAAGAUUCAAUGUCUUCCCUAGAUUCUCUGUUCGGAGAUGACCCCUCAACCUCAGACCAACCAUACGAGCUAGCCUAUGACCUCUCAUGCCCCUCCUCAGCCUGGCCGGAGGAACUGAAUGGGCUCCAUCGACCAUCGAACACAUCACACUUAUGUGAUAGUCGUCUGCAUCAGCUAGAUAUCCGAUAUUGGACAGAUGUCCGUAUAGAGAACGACAUGGCUGCCAAAUGUAUUUCGCUCUACUUGGAGACCGACCACCCUCUCCUGGGACACUUUGAUCCGGAUUUGUUCAUCUCAGACUUGAUUUCGAAAAGGUCGUUGUACUGUUCUCCAUUAUUGGUCAACGCGUUAAUGUACUGGGCAAGUCAAAUGUACAGUUGUAUCGACUCCCGAACAAAUGAGCUUGCCAUGGGUUUCUGUAAAGAAGCGGAAAGGCUAUGGAAUAUUGAACGUGCUAAUGGUCGUGACUCUGUUCUAAACGCUGCGGCUGCGGAGUUUCUAUGUCUCGGCUACCUUGGCCAGGGAAGAAACCAUGCUCUUCUAACAUACGCAUCGGAGGCGUCGGAUAUGGGCGUGCGCAUGGGGUUAUUCGGGAUCGACGGAGAUGAUGAUUCGCCAGAGACUGAUGUUAUCGCCGAUAUAGACGAUGAUGCUACGAGGGCGCGAAUGUAUGCUGCGUGGGGCAUCUUUAACUGGAUCACGAUCAUGUCGUUAUUUUAUCGCCAGCCGGGUUUAAGCAGCCUGAGUGGUCUGAAAUAUCCACCGCGCAUUGCAAUCCCAGAGCCCAAACCAUCAAAUGAUGCAUCUUCUACAACUUCUACGAGUGAACUCAAGUCGCCGACGCCGAACUAUAUGGGUGAUACUUUCCCUCAUAUUUGUCGCUUCUGGUGCAUUGUGCACGAAGUCAGUUUGGCGUACUGCGUUGACGACAAGCUGCCUCUAGACUUUAGCAGCAGAUUUGUCUUCGCAGAGUUCAAGUUUCGUGAGCUCCUCGCUUGGAGCAAUAAUCUGCCCUCGCGCCUUUACCAGGGACAGCAGAAUCCGCAUCAUGUACAAAUCCUGCAUCUUUGGUUCCAUGCAGUGAUUCUGGACAUCUUUCGUCCUCAUACCCAGAUACCGCCAGGCGAAAGACAACGAUUUCGGACGUUCUCGGAUAGAACAAUUACACCUGAUACGGUCUGUGAGGCAUCAGUCGCGCAGCUUAAACAUCUCAUUUCCAACUAUCGUCUCAAUUACACAUCGUCAGGUUACACGAUUCUUUGGCACACUGCCUUGAUUUAUGUAAUCAAUGCUAUUCUGAGUGGCAAUAAGGUUAAAAAUUGGUACUCUGAUCUUUUAAUCUGCAUUUAUGCCUAUGAAAGCCUUGGUCGGUCCUGGCGUGUGGCCACAUGCAUCGUCAAAGGGCUUCUAUCUUUGGCCAUGGAAAAAAGCGACAUGUCGAGUCGAACGGCGCGUCGGAUUUUGAAUGACCUUAAGAAACGUCAUCCUGGCCGAUUCUUGGGGCCAAUUCGCGCAACUUUCAUGGCAGAUCUCAAUCUGGCACUCUCGGAGCCAAACUCUGCCACGGUAGAACGACUUGCCGAGCAAUUUGAAGACAACGUCUUGUUGAAAGACUAUACAACGUCGUUUGAUGCUGGUGUUGAAUAG